AUGCAGCUCUUCAAAUCACUCGCUGUAAGUACCGUGUACUUGAUCGCCCUUUCUGGGGCUGCUGCUGCUGACAACAGUACUGUCGUAACGACAUCUGCUGGCAACAGCAGCGCGGCGCCAUCUGGUCCUGCUGUGACUACUGCUCCGUCGCAAGGAAGCUCCCCUAAUGGUCCUACGUCCUCGCUCUCCAAUGGCACUACUGGUGGUGACAACAACGGUACUCAGACUGGUACGACACCUGUGCCUGCUGGUGAAGUUCCUGCAUGCCCUACUGGUUGGUGUCUCGACUAUCAGUUCAAUCCUGGUAACAACACGUGCAUUACGCCCGACCCAGUCACACUGAUGGACUGCUGGGAGGACUACUGUGCUCAGAUUGAGCCUGGUGGAUACUGCCUCGUCUGGGAGGCUGAUAGCGGUCGUGUGUGCCAUGGUGGUAUGAAGAAGUGCUAUUGUUCGGAUUAUCAGACGGAGACUGUGAAACACUACUAUCCCGAUCAAAUGCCUGAUGGAUGGUCAGCGGCUCAGCAAUGUGUGUAUGAGGGAGCCACUGGCACUACUAGGGCUCCGGCUCCUCCCCCGGUCGUUCCUGCCUCUAGCAGCAUUAGAACCGCGGUUUCAGUUGCAGGUGGCGCGGCCCUCGGAACCUUCGUUAUUGGUAACGUUCUCUGA